AUGCCAUCGUCAACAUCGUCAAUCCUGGUGAUCAGGCCGAACGUACCAGAGCCAGCGCGACGCUACGAGCCUGGUGGAUAUCAUCCAGUUAACGUCGGUGAGAUAUAUAACCAACGCUAUCAAGUGGUUCGACAGUUAGGUUGGGGUCAGUACUCCACAGUUUGGCUCGUCCAAGACACUCGGGAUGGGCGUCCAGCCGCUAUGAAGGUUCUGGUAGGCAAACUUACCAAUGACAAAAGCGGUUGGGACGAAGUUGGCAUACUUAAAACGAUUUUGUCGGUUCAAGGUCCUAACGGAGCACACAUCUGUCUUAUAACUGAGCCUAUGGGUCCCACGGUGCUCUAUAUCUAUGAAUGUGUUUCCCGCGCCAUGCCUCUAUCUUUGGUGAAGCGUAUCUCCAAGCAUGUCCUGCAUGCUUUGCAAUACAUACAUGAAGAGUGUGGCUUAGUUCAUACGGGUGAUAAUAUAUUCAUGACUACACCAUCUGCAAUGGAAUCAGCAAGUGUUGAAUUACACGAGGAUGACUUUGUCUCUACAAUCUUCAAGCUUGCAGAUUUUGGUGCCGCCAACAAGAUAUCAAAUCGCUAUGCGGCGAUCAUCCAGCCUGAGGCUCUACGUGCUCCAGAGGUCAUCAUCGGUGCAGAGUGGGACACUACAGCUGAUAUUUGGAACUUUGGUUGUCUCAUGUAUGAAUUCGCGCGAGGAGCGAAGCUCUUCGAUCCUUCUUGGGAUUGUGAGGUGUCUGGGAUGAACUCUGCGCAAACACACCUCGCACAGAUGGUCGGUCUGCUAGGAGAAAUCCCUAGUACGUUGUUGGAGAAAGGGAAGCGUUCAGAGCUUUACUUUGAUGCCCAAGGACGUCUCCUGCGUUCGGGGGCGUACUUUAUUACUCUUGAGGAGCUCUUGCAAAGGACUGAUCAUCAUUCACCCGAGGACGUUUCUCUAACGGCCGACUUCCUGUCCCAAGCACUGAGGAUCGAUCCACAAAAACGCUGGUCGGCGUCUCAGUUACUGCAGCACCGUUGGCUUUCAAACACGGACCAAAGGACAAAUAAGACUUCACCGAGUACAAUCAUGGACUCUAUAACCUCGACUUUGGCCGAUGCGGGAGACUCGAGACUGCUUUGCCCUACAGAAUUCGCCGCCAUAUUCCCCAAGCAGAUUAUCAGUCACAUGCGUCCCAACCAGACUGCCAAAGCCGGCUUGAUCAACGCGAGAACCAUCCGUCGUAUCAAGGAGCUGUGA